CCUAUUUAGACAGAUUUUUUUUAUGAUAGGCGAAUGUCGGAUUUUUAAAUUUUUUUUGCGCGAAACAUUAAAUAUGGAUGUUGACCAAAAAAUGGAUGUUGACGAAUUCGAAAAAUCUUCACAUAUCCCGACCUUAAAAAAAAAUGACCCAGCAGAUAAAAAAUCUUAUGAGCUUCCAUGGGUAGAAAAGUAUCGUCCAUUGAAACUCACAGAUAUUACAGGAAAUGAAGAAACAAUUAAAAGACUGCAGGUGUUCAGUGAGCAAGGAAAUGUUCCAAAUAUUAUAAUAGCAGGCCCACCAGGUAUUGGCAAGACUACUAGUAUCUUGUGUUUAGCAAGACAAUUGUUAUCUACUUCUUAUAAAGAUGCAGUCAUGGAACUUAAUGCUUCUAAUGAAAGGGGUAUUGAUGUAGUUCGAAAUAAAAUUAAGAUGUUUGCACAGCAAAAAGUUACAUUACCACCAGGUCGACACAAAAUUAUUAUUCUUGAUGAAGCUGACAGCAUGACUUCUGGAGCACAACAAGCUUUACGACGAACAAUGGAACUUUAUUCAAAAACAACUCGUUUUGCAUUAGCAUGUAAUCAGUCUGACAAAAUAAUUGAGGCUAUUCAAUCACGCUGUGCUGUGUUACGCUACACUAAACUUACUGAUGCUCAAUUGUUAGAAAGACUUCUUGAUAUUUGUGAAAAAGAAAAGGUAAUAAAGACAGAUGAAGGAUUAGAAGCUAUUGUUUUCACUGCUCAAGGAGAUAUGAGACAAGCAAUUAACAAUCUCCAAUCGACGCAUACUGGGUUUGGAUUUAUAAAUCCAGAAAAUGUUUUUAAGGUGUGUGAUGAACCACAUCCAAUUCUCAUCAAAGAAAUGUUAAAUCACUGUAUAUUGUCAAAUAUUGAUGAAGCUUAUAAAGUCAUGGCUCACUUAUGGAGAUUAGGUUAUUCUGCUGUUGAUAUAAUUACUGUUAUUUUUCGAGUUUGUAAAAAUCAUGAUAUGGCAGAGUUUUUAAAACUUGAGUAUAUUAAAUUUUUCAUAGAGGAAGUUAUUAGGUUCUAAACAAAAAUCUUUAAUAAGUUUUGAUUUGUCUCUUUUGUUUGAAAUCGGUUAUACACACAUGAGAAUAGCAGAAGGUGUCAACUCACUUUUACAAAUGUCUGGUAUGCUAUCAAGACUUUGUCAAAAAUCCAUGAAGAAAUAAUAAAAUAAUUGUGAUAUAAAAUUUUUAUAUUGUUGCAGCAAAAAAAAUGAAAAAUUUUAAUAAA